AUGGAACCAUCUGUAAAGAAAUUCAAAGUAGCCUUAAUUGGAGCAACAGGAGCAGUCGGCAAAGAAAUAGUCAAGCAUGCAUCAUAAGACCCAAGAAUAGAGGAGCUUUGCCUCGUUGUGAGAAAAAGAGCUGAAGAGUGGAAGGAUGAAGAUUUUCAAUGUAAAUUGAAGAUUAUCGCAAUGGAAAACUUUGAUGAUAUGUCCUCCUUAGUUGAAGAGCUAUAAGGUUAUGACUCAUUCCUAUGUACUCUUGGAUCUUUGACUAAGUAUGGAGAGGAAGCAUUCAGAAGAGUGGACUUCACCUAUCCUUUGGAGUUUGCAAAAAUUGCCUAGUAAGUUGGUGCUCCUCACUAUGGAUUACUUAGUUCCAAAGGUGCUAAGGCUUCAUCCUGCUUUUUAUAUAUGAAAGUUAAGGGUGAAGUUGAAAAUGCUGUAGAGGCACUUAAAAUCUUCUCGUACUAUAUUUAUAGACCAGGAUUCUUGUUAAAUAGAGAUGAUAGCUCGAGACCUCUAGAGAAGAUCUUCACUAAAGUCCCUUUUAUUGAUAAGAUUGCUUGCAAAGAUGUUGGAAAAAUCAUGCUAGAAAAAGCUUUGAAUCAUAAAGUAGACAUUAAAAGUGAAGCUCCAAAUCAUAAAUUUUUGCUUAAGAAUUCUGAUCUGAAAAGACAAAUUGCAAAUCUUUGA